AUGGUUCAUACCACACCCACCCUGCUGGCCCUAACCGGUCUAGCUGCCACAGCUACAGCCUUCAAGUACACAUCGAUGGACCACAUGAAGUGCGCUGCUGCUGUAACCCAGGACACCAAUUACCCAACCUGCACCUCAUCCUCCAAGCUCGACUGCUUCUGCGCGGAGCCAUUCGAUCCGAGCAGCGUAAGCGAUGCAGCAAGGGAGGUUUGCGAGGGCGUUGAGAUCCCAACGGAGUAUAUACCCAGUUUCAUCUGCAGGAACGACGAUAGCGAUAGCGAUAGCGAUGACGGAGAUGUGUAUGGCCCCGACCAUACCCACCACCAUGCCGUCGCCUACAACGACGACAACGACGGUGAUAGCGACAGCGAGAGUGACAAAGAACCCGUCUCCCCUCCACACCGCAUCAGCCACCCCAUGAUGCGCGUCUCGGCCCCUGAGACCGAUUCCUCAGACGUGGCUAAACACAACCCCAACGCCCAGAACAAGAGGGCGUAUGCGCCCCAAGUUCAACCCACCACCACAGGACCGUCCCCAUCCGCCUCCGCCCCGGCCAACCACGCCCCCGUCUCCGACGCCUCAUCCACCCCCGACUCCACAAACGACUCAGAGAAGAACGCGGAGAACGAGAAUGAGAGCACCCGCUCCGCCACCAGGGUCAUCACGGAGGUCCGCACGCGCACAUCCUGCGACUGCUCGUCUUCAACGGUAGCAGCUGCAACGGGCCGGGUGCAGAGUCCAUCGGCGCACCUUCACCAGAGCGCGAUGCCCGUUUCAUCUUCGUCGGCGUCGAGUGCGCUGCAUGGGCCUGCGUCUGGGUAUGUGUCGGUGCCUGCGUCGGUGCCUACUGGCGUUGAUGCGCAGCGGAGCGGGUAUCCCAGUGGUCGGAAGACGAUGUCUUCCUCUUUUGGGGUGCCUUCGGCUUCGCCCUCGGCGAUGACGUUUGAUGGGGGUGCGUCAGUGGGGGUGCUUGUGCCGAGUUCGGUGGUUGUGGUUGGGUUGACUGCUUUGAUGGCGUUCUUCAUGUGA